UAUUAAACUCAUCAUUGAAUAAUCUCCUCUGCUUUCUCCUCCUCUGAACUCUGCUGCAGGGCUUAUCUUCACUCAUCAGCCUCCUCAGGAGAGCCAAUGAACGGAAGGCAGAAUUGCUCAGCCUGUUUCCUCAGUGUUUGCCUGGGUUCUCAGCACAGGAAGCUCUGAAAAGUGCUCUGAAAAGUCAGAAAGAGGAACCUCUCCAGCUUUGAGGAGCCAGGCAAUCAGGAGCAUGCACAGCUAAAGGAGAGGCAUGGGAGAGGGGCAGAGGAAACACUGACACUUGCUACUGAGGAUGUACUGGCAAGCAAGAAAUGCUCCACAUGACCACAGUUAAGUUGGUGGAGGGAUGGAUGGAGUGACGGAGCUGCCCAUGAAAGCAGGAACCAACAUGAAGAUUGCUGGGAAGACUGUGUAUGUUUUUGUGCUGCUCUUCAUUACCAUGGUCAUGACAUUAGCAGGGGACAACAUAGUGAUGACUGUGGGUGACAGCUCAGUUCUCACCUACCUUAUCAAAGGAAAGAUAAGUAUGCUAACAUGGACAAUAACCCCCAAGGUUGGAGGCCCUUGCACCUUGGUAUACAGGAUUGAUACAAACGUGACACACAGAACAAACUGCAGUGACAACAUAAACUUGACAUUCAGAGCAGGUCUGGCUCCUGCCCUUUUGAUAGAGCAAGUGGGAAUAGCCCAGGAGGGAAAUUACCUCUGUGACACGGCAUCAACAGAAGGGAAUUUCCGCAGGACGUACAAUCUGACCGUGCUGGUGCCCCCGAAGCUGAGCCUGUUCUGUGAUGAGCAGGGUAGCCCUGUGUGCGAGGCAGCGGUAGGGAAGCCGCCAGCUUAGCUCUCGUGGAUCCCAGAGAGCAGCUCCAGUGCAAAGGAAAUGUGCCACAACAAUGGGACAGUGACUGUUUUCAGCACGUUCACAGCAUGCAGCACCAAUUUGACCAAUGAGACCACCUGCAUCGUGUCCCACCCAGCUGGGAACUGGAGCCAGUCCAUAGCCUGCUGUUCCUCAGAGAAAAGUGGAUGCUUUCUUCACUGUGUCAUCAGCUUCACCAGCCUUAUGAGUCUCCUCUUCUUGCUGGCUGCUUUUCAGCUCUACACCUUCUUUAAUAGGCUCCAGGGCAAGUCACAGUUUCAGAGAUACCAACAAAUAUGUAACCUAGGUCCGCCACAGCCACCACUGUCCACAGUAUUCAGGACACAUUCUUGGUCACCUAAGCUGGACUGCGUGCCAGUAAGAUGACAAGGAUGAAGAGCAACUACUUCUAGCUGGCCUCUUCUAGCCAUUGAUGAGAAAGAGCACUGCACAGUUUCACUACUGAAAUUACAUGUGUCCAAAAUCUAUGCGAAAAUUUUCAUUUCAUCAAGUGCUUUGUAUCUCCCUCACUGUCUGUGAGACCUUGAAUCUGCCUGUGAGUGUGCAUCUCCAGAAGGGGUAAGGAGGCUUUUUCUACAGAGAAAUUCUAUGGUUGUUCUUGCU